AUGGAAUACGGUUUUUUUUUACGUGCAUUAGCUAUUGAUCAGAUUGAACGAAAAUUAUAUCAAGUAUUGGAUACACUUGAUAUUUGUGUUAGUGAAUUAGAUGGUUGCUAUUCUAUUUAUUUUAUUCAGAUUGAAAGAAUGAAUUUAAAUGGAAAUAAUUUUCUUAAAAUGAAUGGUAUUGAUGUAGCUCGACUAUUGGUUAAUAUUAAUGGUCAAAUAUGUCAUAGUAAGUCUCAAUAUGAUUUAUGCUCAUCAAAUAAUGGAUGUGGGUGUUUACAAUUAUCAGUAUCUAAUAAUAUUGGCAUUUGUGCUCUUCUUGAUUUAAGCUGUUCACGAUUACAACCAUGUCAAUCACCAGGUGAUAUCUGCGAAACAACUGCAUCUUCAUCGUCAACAAUAACAACAACCUUUCUACCAACAUUAACAACAACAGAAUUUGUACCGAUUUCUAUUCAUUCUAAUUAUUCAAAUGCAUUAACAGUCAAUAGUGCAACAAUUCCAGGAACAACUAGAUACUAUAAAACAAUUAAUAUCAUUGUCAAUACAUCAGGACUUUACACUUUCACAAGUAGAAGUAAUAUGGAUACUUUUGCUGCUCUUUUUAUGGAUGAAUUCAAAUCUUUGAAUCUAAGUUUAUACUUAGUUUCAUCUAUUAAUACGAUUGAUAGUAAUCGUCAAUUUAAAUUAUCACAUAAUCUCCAAGCCGGUACUCCAUAUACUUUGCUUGUUACAACAUAUUCUCAAGGUCAAACAGGAGAAUUUACAGUUAUUGCAUCUGGUCCAGAUCAUCUCCGACUUUUUAAUUAA